AUGCUGGCCCGCUACGGCCCCGACGACAUCCCGCAAAUAGUCUUCUACCUUUCCGGCGUAGCGUCGACGCUCGAGCAGGACGUCUCUACCGCUUACCUCUUCCUCGCCGCGAAUUACGCCGCCGGCGAUGAGGUGGCCGUGUUCGGCGCCGGCAGGGGCGCAUCGGCGGCAAGGGUGGUGGUCGGGUUGCUCGCGGAAGCGGGGCUACUGAAGCCGGGGGAAGUGGGGAGGUGGGCCCGCUUGUGGGAGCUGUACAUGGAGAAGGUCGGAUGGCGAAGAGAUGAUGGGGCUGCGGAGGAAGGAGGAGGUGGUAGCGGAAGACCAGGGGAGGAGGGGUUUUGGAAAGCGUUGCUGGCGCACAGGAGCUGGAGGGAGCUGGAUGAGAUGGAGGGGUUGAGGAGGGCCAUGUGGGCGGACGUGAGGGUGAGGGUGGUGGGGGUGUGGGAUACGGUUGGAAACUUGGGGUUUCCGGAUACGUUCCUGAUCGGGAAGGAUGCGAAGUGUCAGCUGCAGGAUACGGCGUUGCAUCCGCAUAUCGAUCACGCCUUCCAAGCCUUGGCCCUCGACGAGAAUCGCGCCGCUUUCGACCCCUCAUUGUGGCGUCUCGAUCCUCAAAACUCGUCCGACGCCUCCCGGCCACCGAAUUUAAAGCAAUGCUGGUUUCCUGGCUUCCACGAGACGGUUGGCGGCGGUGCGACAGACACGGCGGACGCGAAAGAUAGGACGGACAUCGCGGACAUCACGCUGGCGUGGAUGUGCGAUCAAGUCGACGGCCUGCUCGACUUUGACGAUGGCGCUGUAGCUGAAUUCCUAGGUGCAGAGCAGUCGACCGCUCAUCAGAAACAGCUUGACCGCCAGAGUGCUCGCAGGCGCAGUCAUCCCGAGGACCGGUCCGAGGGUCCCAUGACCACGGCUAAAAGUGGCUUAAUGUACACGUUGCUAACCUCCGCGCUCAACAUGCUGCUAGCUGCAAUCAGCAUCAUGCAGCAGGAGCCGGACGACAGCGAAGGACCAUGUGCCGAGGGGUACGCCAUUCGCACGCCCGGCCAAUACCACAAGAAUCUGGAGUUCGCCAAACGUGUCGAACCGGACGACUUCGCAACGAAUGAGUCGAUUCACCCGUCCGUCAAGCAUCGAAAAGACCUGUUCGCUCUUGCAAGCACGCCGUAUGACCCCGCACCGCUGCGGGAGUGGGCGGUCGGAGAUGAUUGUAAUGAGACGAUGAAGAGGAAGUACAGCACCGCCGACGAAGGGAAGGAAUCCGACUCCACUGCUAUGACUGGCUGGUUCCCUUGGAUGAGCGCUCUCUCGACCCACGACGAGGAUGAGGAGGAUGAUGAUGAUGGAGAAAUUAUCGCCUCCGUCGGAGAAGAAGAUGCGGAAGGACGCGGUGCCAACGCCAUCAACGCUGCAACGGGGAGAAUCCAGGCUGCUGCCGUCCCUCGGAAGAAGCCGCAGCCGCGGUGGGUGUACCGCGAGAUCGAGGGAGAGGGUGAUGGUGCGGAGUGGAUCAGGCCGAGCGUGCCGCGCUCGGAGCUGUUUGGGUCUCCGCUGCUUUCCUCCUCUUCUUCAUCUACGUCCUCUACUCCUUACGACUCGCCUUCCGAGAAGGCAUUGCCCUCCCGACUCCGGACCCUCAUCCCAGCCUACCUUCGCCGGACUCGUGCAUCUCUGUCGUCGCCGUUGUGUUUCUUGUUCUUCACCAUCUUCUGGCCCUGGUUCUUCCUCUACCAUAUCUUCUCCUUCUUCUUCCCCUUCUUCCUCGUCCACUCGAAGACCAAUAGCACUACUCUUCAGCGCCAUAAUCAUGGGGAAAGGAAGAAGAAGGCGACGACGAUGAGAACGAUGUCGUUUAACAAAGCACCGCUGCAAUGGCCCCACGAGCGCCAGAUCGCCCUCCCCGAAUGGGUCAUCCGCGAGAUCCCCGGCCGCCGCAACUUCGAGGCCCAGCUACUACCGUGGUUAGUCCGCGAGCAGCUCAACCGCCGCAACGCGAAGCGGCUGGACUGGCGGAGCGGCGAGGACGUCUGCUGGGCCCGCUCGGCGUUUGGUGCUCUGCCGCCGCCCGAGGACGAUACGACGGCGACCGAGGACGGCAGCGGCGAAGGCGACGCGGAGGUGCCGCCGCCAACGUCGACGACGACUACUACGACGACGAGGAAGACCGAGAGCGUGCGCAGCGGCGCCAGCAGCGCUGCCGAUGUGGCGCCCGGUGCCACGGCGCCCGUCAAGCGCAGGGCUGGUGGUCCGCUGCACGUGCGGAAGGGCUCCACGGCUGAGGUUGUGCUCGCCACCGCCAGCCCUGCCGUGGAGCGCCGCCAGAGCCAGACGGCUGCCGGCGGUGGUUGGCGGACCGGUACCGGACUGAAGGUCUUGGCCCAGCAGCCUGAGAGGAGGUCGUCGAUCAAGAGUCAGAGGGAGACCCCGACUACCGGGUUCUCGCCUGGGCAUAAGAAGACGCAGUCGCAGUCUAGCGUGAGCUGGCGGUAG